UGUGGUGAGAGGCGUCUGUGAAGAAGCACGUUCGGGUAGUUUUAUUAAAAUUUGCCUAAAUAAAGAACUCUCCAUAUUAACAACUCAACGAACAAAAAAGGAUGGCUACCGACUCAUGGGCCCUUGCUGUGGACGAACAAGAAGCUGCCGCCGAAUCGCUUGGUGGCCUGCAAAUAAAAGAAAAAGACGAGACGUCAAAAGCUGAAGCAAACGGAACAGCAAAGACAGAGGAGGAUGGCGACAAACCAGAUGAAGAUGACAAAGAGGACAAAGCGGCGCAGUCCCUAUUGAACAAGCUAAUCCGCAGUAACCUCGUCAACACCACCAAUCAAGUAGAAGUUUUACAGAGAGACCCCAACUCUCCACUCUACUCUGUGAAGUCAUUCGAAGAGCUAAGACUGAAACCCCAGCUGCUUCAGGGUGUGUAUGCCAUGGGCUUCAACAGACCCUCCAAAAUCCAAGAGAAUGCCUUGCCCAUGAUGCUUGCAGAACCCCCACAGAAUCUGAUUGCCCAGUCCCAGUCUGGCACAGGUAAAACCGCUGCCUUUGUCCUGGCUAUGCUGAGUCACGUGGACCCCGCCCAUAAGUGGCCUCAGUGUCUGUGUGUCUCCCCCACCUACGAGCUAGCCUUACAGACCGGCAAGGUCAUCGAGCAGAUGGGGAAGUUUUACCCGGAAGUCAGACUGGCCUAUGCCAUCCGAGGCAACAAAUUGGAGCGAGGGAUGAAGAUCCAGGAGCAGAUCGUCAUCGGGACCCCCGGCACGGUGCUGGACUGGUGCCUCAAGCUCAAGUUCAUCGACCCCAAGAAGAUCAAGGUGUUCGUGCUGGAUGAGGCCGACGUCAUGAUCGCCACCCAGGGCCACCAGGACCAGAGCAUCCGCAUCCAGAGGAUGCUGCCCAAGGACUGCCAGAUGCUGCUGUUCUCGGCCACCUUUGAGGACUCGGUGUGGAGGUUCGCCCAGCGGAUCGUGCCCGACCCCAACAUCAUCAAGCUGAAGCGCGAGGAGGAGACCCUGGACACCAUCAAGCAGUACUACGUGCUGUGCAACAACAAGGAGGAGAAGUUCACGGCGCUCUGCAACAUCUACGGAGCCAUCACCAUCGCCCAGGCCAUGAUAUUCUGCCACACUCGGAAGACAGCAGGCUGGCUGGCUGGAGAGUUGUCCAGAGAGGGCCACCAAGUGGCGCUGCUGAGUGGGGAGAUGGUGGUGGAGCAGAGAGCUGCAGUCAUCGAGCGCUUCCGAGAGGGCAAGGAGAAAGUGUUGGUCACCACCAACGUAUGCGCCAGAGGAAUUGACGUGGAGCAGGUGUCUGUGGUGAUUAACUUUGACCUCCCGGUGGACAAAGAUGGAAACCCCGACAACGAGACCUACCUGCACAGGAUCGGCCGCACAGGCCGGUUUGGCAAGAGGGGGCUUGCGAUCAACAUGGUGGACAGCAAACACAGUAUGAAUAUCCUCAACCGGAUCCAGGAACAUUUUAACAAGAAAAUAGAGAAAUUGGAUACAGAUGACCUUGAUGAAAUUGAGAAAAUCGCCAACUGAGGAUCUUGAAGCCACUUGGCCCUGCCCACUACUACUCACCAAUGGGAAUACUUUUCUGCAGAUGUUGGACUAAGUUACCUCAUAUCAGAUUUUUGCAGUUGGACUGAAAGUAACUGUAGGGAAUUAUUUUAUUUUGGAAACAAUGACAAAAACUUAAGUAGAAGGAAUGUUUACAUGAAGAUGCUACAAUUAGGUCUUAGCCUAGCCUUAAAAGAAAAGUGUUUUAAACUUCAGGUCACUAACUAAAUGCCAAAUAGAUUCAAUUCUGAGUGAGCAAGAUAUUUUGGGUUAGGGUUGAUUUUUUUUUUUUUGGUUUUCUUAUUUUCCUUGGUUUUAACUGAGUGACCACAGAUGAUGAGAGCUGUUCUUGAGUCCUGUGUCUGAUGAUCUAUUGUCUAUUGAUCGGUCAUCAGUGGACUCUUGGAGGACAUUUCUGUGUGCGCAGCUGGUCACAGACAACAGUAUCACAUAAAAAAAAAAGUUUGCAUUAGCCAAAGUCAUAAAAACUAAUUUGUUGUUGUUUUGACACUCCCAGGAAAUAAAUUAAGGAUAUGUCUUAUUUUUUCAAAAACUGAAGCAGAUUGUCAAUAUGAGGACAAAUACUUGGAGAGAACUUCAGCAAACUGGGAAACUGGAAAAAAAGAUUGAAGAGUCUGAGAUGUUUUUCAAAAAUGGCUCUCAAUGUUUUUGAAGCCCUCAUGCUCUUGAAGGACGAGCAUCCACAAUCCCAGUUCAUACUUGAAAUAGCUCAAUAGGAGAUAAAAUUCAUAAGCUUCUAAUGCAAGGGAAGCUUGGGGUGAUUGAUGUUUUUUUUCUUCUUCUUCAUAUAGUGUGGCGAGGCAAAAUGUUGCAUGGCACUAACAAAGCAAAGCGUUUGCUUGUUUUGAGUUCAAUUCAUUAGGCCUAAUCAAAUGGUAGACUUCGGCCACUAUGUGAAUCUGUCUGAUGCUUAAUCUAAUUCUGCAGCAACAAUCAAAACGAUUCUCUGGCACUCUUAGCUGGUUUCACGUCUGUCAGAUUAAUAUGAUUGAUCAGUUUUCCUCAUAAAGUCAGAUUUGCACAUCAGUGCAACAGCACACCACACAGAAACAUAAACUAUGCAGUUCUGAAUCGCUGACACACCUAGAAAUGGAGGUUAUGGCCAUGGCUGUCUUAGUAAAUGGCACCAAUUAAUAAAACAUUCCUUUCGCUUCAUAUUUCAUAGGUGAAUCAGGAUCGUACUUUAAUCCUAACUACUUUCAGCUGAAGAUGGUGGGGGACAAUUGCUUCAUAACAAUAGCAAAUAAUAUAAAAUUAAUUUCUGCAAAGACUCUUAAAUUUUCAUGCAUAGCACCUUUUUUUCUGAUGUGGUUGGUGUGCAUGGUGGAGGAACUUAAAAGGGGAAGGUGUUUCUCUGGUUUUUGAAAGCUACAUUCAAUUCAGUUUGUUCAGUUUUACUCUCAUAAGAUCGCUUCAGAUUGACAGGACAGUUUUUGUUCCGCUAACAAUUGUGGAAUUGUAUUUUUUUCUUGUAAUAUUGGCUAGCAAAUUCUGUUCAAAGACAGGAACACAGACACUUUUACCAAGUAAAAAUAGGAGUAUAAAAAUGUACAGUAUGAGAAAAUAAUACCUAAAAUGUUAGGAAGUGCACCCUAUUUCGCUGAUUUGGGGGGAAAAAGGCUUUACUGAACAAAAUGCCAUCAAUUCGUGUUACAAUUUUAUUUUUUACUGCGGUGUGUAUGCAUUUCAUUUGGUCUGUAAUUGGAUACCUACUGUAUUUAUCAGAUGUUAUGAGAGUGCUUGAGUGAAAUUAGUUUUAAAAGCCUAUCUUUACCAUAGCUAUGAAACCCAUAAACAGCAGCUCUUAUAGUACUUUUCACUCACACUUGCUGCCUUUAUGGUUUUAUGGUUAUUUCUAAAUCAUAUUUGUUGUAAUAAAGAAUAUCUACUCAUGGACAGAUUUUUUUACUGUCUUUUCUUAUUUUGAGGUAGUGUACUUGCAUAGGAGGAUUUGGUUAGUUGUUUCUGAAGGUUUUGGUCUCCCUUUCAGUGGAGCAGAUUAUGCCUGUCUUGUGAUAAAUAAAUAAAACCAGCUAGAAUUUGCCUGAGAGAUUUUUAUCCGUUCUCUCAGUUAGCACUGCUAUAUCUGUAUGGCCCUUCAUGUUGAAUUCAGACCAGCCAUAUGAGUAAGUACAGG